AUGUCCGUCGCCGCACAGCACUUACUACUCCGCUUAUCCUCCGCCGGUCGCCGGAUUCUUCCGCUCCCUAUUUCUGCCCUCUGUCACCGCCCUGCCUUUUCCUCAUCCACCGGAGGCACCCAACACCUCGACUUCCACUCGGACGAAUCGUCCUAUGAGUCCGACGUCGAGAUCCCUCGAACCCGAACCCGAACCCCGCUCGAAACCGGGUUCGAGACAUGGACCGAGAGGCUGAAACCCGGAUUCACGCCGGCCGACGUCGAAUCCGCCAUCACGGCCCAGUCGGACCCCGACCUCGCCCUCGACAUCUUCCGAUGGACGGCCCAGCAGCGGAACUACAAGCACAACCACGUCACCUACCUCACCAUGAUCAAGACCCUCAUCAACGGGCGCCGCUACCGCCACGCCGAAACCCUAGUUGAAGAGGUCAUCGCCGGCGCCUGCGAGAUGACCGUCCCGCUCUACAAUUCCGUGAUCCGGUUCUGCUGCGGCCGCAAGUUCCUGUUCAAUCGCGCCUUCGACGUGUACAAGAAGAUGCUGAAAUCAGAAGACUGUAAGCCCACGCUCGAGACCUAUGCUCUGCUCUUCAAUUCGCUGCUUAGGAGGUUUAACAAGUUGAAUGUGUGCUAUGUCUAUUUGCACGCUGUGAAAUCCAUGACCAAGCAGAUGAAGGCCUCUGGAGUUAUUCCGGAUACCUUCGUGUUGAACAUGAUCAUCAAAGCUUAUGCCAAGUGCCUGGAAGUUGAUGAGGCGGUUAGGGUGUUUAGAGAAAUGGGGUUGUAUGGAUGUGAGCCGAAUGCUUAUAGUUAUGGGUAUCUGGUGAAAGGGUUGUUUGAGAAGGGGAGGAUAGGGCAGGGUCUAGGGUUUUACAGGGAGAUGAAGAGCAAAGGGCUUGUCCCUGGUGCAAGUACUUACAUGACUGUGAUUUGUAGUCUGGCUAUGGCUCGGAAGCUGGAUGACGCGAUUGGCAUUGUUUCUGAUAUGUUGAGGAAUUCACUGUUUCCGGAUCAAUUGACGUAUAAGACCGUGUUGGAAGGGCUGUGCAGAGAAGGGAGGGCUGGCGAGGCUUUCGAGCUGCUUGAAGAGUGGAGAAAGAUGGAUAAGUUGAUGGGGGAGAGAGUGUACAAGACUCUGUUAAAUGAACUGCAUUUUGUAAGCAGAGAGUAG